ACCUUAAUUUAUGUUAAUAGCCAAAACAUGGGAACCAAAAAAAUAAGCAUAUGCCUCGUGAACCCUAAUUUUAUGUUGAGACAAAGACACAGGUAUACAUAAGCUGUUUUUCUAGGUCUCUCCUCCCUCAUCCUCUUCCAAGCCUCAAAGCAAGUCUGCAGACAUGAAUAAAGCACCUUCAAUGGAUAGAGAUUCAAUGGUGGAGGUGAAGAAUAGAUUCAAGAAAAUGAGCGUGGUUCCAGAUGAAAAUUGUUUUGCUAAUGCCAUCCUCAAUCUCAAGGAACACCAGAAACCAGCCAUUGUCAUCCGGAAUACCAGUUUCUGUGAUGUCCGUUUUUCCUACCUGAGAAAGCUUAGGCUCGCACGGUCAUGCAUUCAGGCUAAGCUCUCUACGGUUAUCCAAGAGUUUAAGAUCAUCAAUGAACCUGUGUGCAUAGACUAUUUCGAGCACUACUUCGAUGACUUGGACCUUGCUCUAGUGCAGCUCAAGUAUGCACGUCAAUUGCUCAUGAAAAUCGCCAGGUAUUUUAUCCAGCUUAUGGAAAAGGAUGAUUGUAAGACCCUGGACCGGUGCAAGUAUCUGAAAGUGAAUGCUGUUGGUUGUAUGUAUACCAUUGCAAUGAGAUGCCUCCCUAUUUUGGCUUAUAUCGAAAAGGUCAGGCAACACAUGCUGGCUCAGGACGUUGAUGAUGUGAUUCCAGACUUUGUCUUGGCUAAGAAAGACUGCACAAUCCCCCACUUAUCUGCCUUUGAGGUUGAAAAGGCCACCGACUUUGUUCAUCAAGACACUUUGCGUUGGUUUGAAGAGUUGGAAGAGAAACAUGGCUUUAGGCUCCACGAUUCUGCUCACAAGCUCCAUGAUUCCUGCAAGCACGAGGAGCACCCAUUAGCAGCAUGAGAGCUUGUUUGCUCUGUUGAAUAAUUAAUUAAAGGUUCCUCGGCCUUUUGUUGUAUUUAUGUCCUCCGACAUUAGCUAUGUUUGUUUUGGACCCUCCUUUUGCUGUCUUUUAUCAUAAGAACAUAUCUUAUAAUUUAUAUAUAUAUAUUAGAUUUUUAUCCAUCCUUUUAAAUGGU